AUGUCAGAAGAAGCUGUUACUGAAGCACGAUUUUCUCUGAAGACAGUAGCUUUACGAGUAUUUCACCUUCCCCUUUCUUGGUAUUAUUCUCUUAAUCAGAUAAAGCUUUCCCCUGGGUUAAAGAAGCUUUUCACAGUAACAGCAGUAAGUGCAAUAUCUGUUAUUUUUCUGGCCCAUCACUUCAAAAGGAGACGUGGAAAGAAAAACAAGAAAGUGCCACCAUGGGAACCAAGUCAUCUAGUAUUGGAGUGUACCAAAGCAGCUGCAUCAGAAAAAGGUUCUAGUUGUUCCAGUAGUCGGCAAAACUUGACUCUUUCUCUGAGCUCUGCCAAGGAAAAAGGAUCUCAGUCUUGUAUCUAUGCAAAUGGAGGACUUUUCAGUAAAUACUCUGGUUCAGUUCAAAGCCUGGCCUCGGUUCAGAGUGCCACCUCUUGUCACAGCUGUGCUUGUGCCAAUUCUAAUUCCUGGGAUAAAGCAGAUGAAGAUGAUAUUAAGCUUGUCAAUAUUCCAGUGACUACACCUGAAAAUUUGUAUUUGAUGGGUAUGGAGCUUUUUGAAGAAGCACUACGUCGAUGGGAGCAGGCACUAACUUUCCGUAACCGGCAAGUGGAAGAUGAGGCAAGUUGUGGUUCCAUUAAGCUGGGAGCAGGAGAUGCAAUCGCAGAAGAAAGUGUGGAAGAUAUCAUUAGUGCCGAAUUCAUUCAUAAGCUUGAAUCCCUUCUUCAAAGAGCUUAUCGUCUCCAGGAGGAGUUUGAAGCUACCCUUGGGGCUUCUGAUCCUGCUUCUCUAGCUAAUGAUAUUGAUAAAAAUACAGAUAUUACUGUAAAGGAUAAUGCAGAUGAUUUCUGUCUUCGAGAUACAUUAAGCAUUGCAUCGACUGACUCCUUUGUUUCCACAGCUGAGCUUACAGAGCACAGAGAGAUUCGUAACACCUAUGGUCUAGAUUCCCUUUGCCAUUGCCCAUUGUAUGAAGAAGCUAUGCACUUGGCAGAAGAGGGCAAAAUUUAUUCACGAGUGUUAAGGACUGAAAUGUUUGAAUGCCUGGGAGACAGUGACUUCCUUGCUAAGCUUCAUUGUAUUCGACAAGCUUUUCAGAUCAUUCUUUCAGAAACAGCAAACAGAAUAUUUCUUGCUGAAAGUGGAAGAAAAAUUUUGUCUGCUUUAAUUGUGAGAGCACGGAAGAAUCCAAAGAAAUUUGAAGAUGUCUUUGAUGAAAUGAUACAAUUUUUGGAACAAACAGAUCACUGGGAUAAUACAGAAAUGGAACUUGCUGCUAGAGGAGUGAAAAACUUGAAUUUUUAUGAUGUUGUUCUGGACUUUAUAUUAAUGGAUUCCUUUGAAGAUUUAGAAAAUCCACCAAUAUCUAUACAAAAUGUAGUAAAUAACCGCUGGCUAAAUUCCUCUUUUAAAGAAACAGCUGUGGCUUCAAGUUGUUGGUCAGUACUGAAGCAGAAAAGACAACAAAUGAAGGUGCCUGAUGGAUUUUUUGCACAUUUCUAUGCUAUAUGUGAACAUAUCAGCCCUGUUUUGGCAUGGGGCUUUUUAGGCCCUAGAAAUUCCCUUUACGACCUAUGCUGCUUCUUCAAGGAUCAAGUGCUUUUCUUCCUUAAAGACAUUUUUGAUUUUGAAAAGGUGAGAUACUCAACUAUGGAGAGUUUGGCUGAAGAUCUUCUGCAGUUAUUAAUCCGACACACUGAACUUCUAAUGGCCUAUCUUGGGGCAGAUUCACUAAGACAUGUUGGUGCUUGCGAAGUCAGAUGUGUACUUAAGAAUAAGCGAUUGUGGCCAUCUAUAUGCACUGCAAAACUGUGGCUCAGGGUAUGGAACCCUAUGGAACUUUAGAUAGGAGCACAGCACAGUAAGAAGGCAUGAGGGAACUUUGUGUCAUUUUUUUCCUGUGCUAGAGGUAAUAAAUAAUGUUGAUCUAAAAUCUCUGAAUUCUAUAAGCUGAACCAAUGUUUCAUAUUAGCUUAGGCUCUUCAACUACACUGACAUGUGCUUUGCCGCACAAAGCCAGCCCACAAGAAUCUGUCCUGUGUCAAGUAACACACAGUAAUUACAGAGCAAUUCUAAAUAUUCAGAUAUUUGAGAAGCAUGUUGUUAAAAUCCAGCAUAUUGAAACAAACUUUGGUUACAAACAUUUCAACUUCUGUGGCAAAGAGAAAAAAAAGUUGGUAUUUGAAAGGGAGGGCCUGUGUAAUUCCAUUGAAUUUUUUUUUCUGAAGCCAACAUUUUGCUCCUUUGUUGUACUCAUUUGAUAAACACAGUAAUUAUGAAAAUGUGUCAUAUGGCUUGUGUAAAAUGCCAACUGAUUGUAGUUUAUUAAAGGAAAAAAAUGUACUUUGAUGUGUAAUAAAACAG